CAUGAUCCCAGACUUCAGUACCCAGCAAGCUCCUUCGGGCUACAAUCUCCUUGCUCUUCUGGUGAAGGAAGGAAGUUUACCUAUAGUUCCAAAAGAUGUCGACUCUCCUGGAAAACAUCAAUGACAUCAUCAAAAUAUUCCACAAAUAUUCAAAAACAGAUAAGGAGACUGACACAUUGAGUGAAAAAGAGCUGAAGGAACUGGUGGAAGUGGAGUUUCGGCCCAUCCUGAAGAAUCCAGGUGACCCAGACACCGCUGAAGUUUUCAUGUACAUCCUCGAUAGAGAUCACGACAAUAAAAUAGACUUUACAGAGUUUUUUCUGAUGAUAUUCAAGGUGGCUCAAGCAUAUUAUAGUUAUACUCAAAGACAGAAUUUACAGACAGCAGGACAAAAACAGAAAAGGUACACAUAUCACUACAGAGAUGAAGAAGAUGAUACAGAAGAAGACAAAGAAGAAACAGAAAGAAAGUACAGUCAUUCAAGAAGUGAUGGAAAGACUCAAGACAGAUCGAAGAGCCCAAGAGGAAGAGGAAAAAAGAGACAUGGAUCUAAAUCUGGAAGUAAACAACGAAGAGGUAACACACCUACCUCUGGACACAGACAUGGAUGUAGCAAAAAACAUGAGUCAAGAAGGGAAAAGAAAAGGAGACCAAGCUCUACUGAACCAAAAGAAAGAAGGCACAUGUCAAGUGUUAGCCCAACCAGGGGAUAUGAAGAAAAAGAAGAAGAAUGUGGUUAUGAAAAUAAAGGUAAAAGAAGUGCAAAAUGUAUAGGAUCAGAGUAUGAUGACUCCUAUCAAGUUUGUGAAGACAAAGUGACUACGAAUUUUCAAUCCAGUCACAGUAAAAAGUAUGGGUCAAGCAUCACGAAGGGCAGAGACAUGGAAGGACAUUCACGAGAAACAGGUAGGAAAUCUGUAUUCACUCAUGGAAGAUCAGGGUCCAGUUCAAGGAAUCAAAAUGGCUCUGUCCAGACUCAUACAGGAGACAAUUCUACCCACUCAGAAUCCCAACAAGAGAAAAACAGUGAAUCUGUCCACAGAAGGUCAAGAAACACUGGGCAAAGACAGGGGAGCCACCAUGAGCAGUCAAGGGACAGCUCCAGACACUCUGGAACUCGACAUGGACAAACCUCUCCUGUAUCCAGAGGCAGUAGACACACGGAAUCUAGUGUUAGUCAGGCCAGUGACAGAGAAGGACAUUCAGAAGACUCAGGUAGACAGUCCGUGACAACUCAAGGAAGGUCGGGUUCCAGCUCAAGAAACCAACAUGGAUCUUCCCAUGGCCAGAUAGGAGACAGUUCUAGGCACUCAGAGUCCCAUCAAGAGAGGCAUAGUGAAUCUGUCCAUGGAAGGUCAGGAUCCAGCACCAGGCAAAGGCAGAGAGGCCACCAUGAGCAGUCAAGAGACAGCUCCAGACACUCUGGAACUCGACAUGGACAAACCUUCACUGGAUCCGGAAGCAGUAGGCACAGAGACUCCAGUGUUAGUCAGACCAGUGACAGUGAGGGACAUUCAGAAGACUCAGGUAGACAGUCCGUGACAACUCAUGGAAGGCCCGGAUCCAGCUCAAGAAACCAAAAUGGAUCUUCCCAGGGCCAGACAGGAGACAGUUCUAGGUACUCAGAGUCUCAUCAAGGGAGGCACAGUGAUUCUGCCCAUGGAAGGUCAGGUACUAGCACUGGGCAAAGACAGGGGAGCCAUCAUGAGCAGUCAAGAGACAGCUCCAGACACUCUGGAACUCGACAAGGACAAACCUCCACUGGAUCUGGAAGCAGUAGGCACAGAGACUCCAGUGUUAGUCAGACCAGUGACAGUGAAGGACAUUCAGAAGACUCAGGUAGACAGUCCGUGACAACUCAUGGAAGGCCUGGUUCCAGCUCAAGAAACCAACAUGGAUCUUCCCAGGGCCAAAAAAGAGACAGUUCUAGGGAUUCAGAGUCCCUUCAAGAGAGGCAUAGUGAAUCUGCCCAUGGAAGGUCAGGAUCCAGCACGGGACAAAGACAGGGGAGCCACCAUGAGCAGUCAAGUAAGAGCUCCAGACACUCUGGAACUGGACAUGGACAAACCUCAGCUGAAUCUGGAAAUGGCAGACAUAGGGAAUCCAGUGUUAGUCAAGCCAGUGACAGUGAGGGACACGCAAGAGAUUCAGGUAGGCAUUCUGAGACAACUCAUGGAAGAUAUGGUUCCAGCUCAAGGAACCAACAUGGAUCCUCCCAUGGUCAGACAGGAGACAGUUCUAGGCACUCAGAGACCAAUCAAGGGAGCCACAAUAAGAGACACACAAGAGAUUCAAGUAGGCAUUCUGAGACAACUCAUGGAAGACCUGGUUCCAGCUCAAGAAAUCAACAUGGAUCUUCCCAUGGCCAGACAGGAGACAGUUCUAGGUACUCAGCUGAAUCUGCCCAUGAAAGGUCAGCAUCUAGAACUGGGCAAAGACAGGGGAGCCACCAUGAGCAGUCAAGGGACAGCUCCAGACAGUCUGGAACUGGACAUGGACAUACCUCUGCUGGAUCUGGAAAUGGCAGACAUAGGGAAUCCAGUGUUAGUCAGUCCAGUGACAGAGAGGGACAUGCAAGAGAUUCAGGUAGACAGUCCGUGACAACUCAUGGAAGGCCCGGUUCCAGCUCAAGAAACCAACAUGUAUCUUCCCAUGGCCAGAUAGGAGAUGGCUCUAGCCGCUCAGAGACCAAUCAAGGGAGCCACAAUGAGAGACACGCAAGAGAUUCAGGUAGGCAUUCCGAGACAACUCAUGGAAGACUUGGUUCCAGCUCAAGGAACCAACAUGGAUCUGUCCAUGGACAGACAGGAGACAGUUCUAGGCACUCAGAGUCCCAUCAAGAGAGGCACAGUGAAUCUGUCCAUGAAAGGUCAGGAUCCAGCACCGGGCAAAGACAGGGGAGCCACCAUGAGCAGUCAAGAGACAGCUCCAGACACUCUGGAACUCGACAUGGACAAACCUCUACUGUAUCCGGAGGCAGUAGGCACAGGGAACCCAGUGUUAGUCAGGCCAGUGACAGUGAGGGACAUUCAGAAGACUCAGGUAGACAGUCCGUGACAACUCAUGGAAGGCCUGGUUCAACUUCAAGAAACCAACAUGGAUCUGUCCAUGGACAGACAGGAGACAGUUCUAGGCACUCAGAGUCCCAUCAAGAGAGGCACAGUGAUACUGUCCACCAAAGGUCUGGAUCAAGCACGGGGCAAAGACAGGGGAGCCACCAUGAGCAGUCAAGAGACAGCUCCAGACAGUCUGGAACCGGUCAUGGACAAACCUCCACUGGAUCCGGAAGUAGUAGGCACAGGGAAUCCAGUGUUAGUCAGGCCAGUGACAGUGAAGGACAUUCGGAAGACUCGGGUAGACAGAACGUGACAACUCAUGGAAGGCCUGGUUCCAGCUCAAGAAGCCAACAUGGAUCUUCCCAUGGCCAGACAGGAGACAGUUCUAGGUACUCAGCAUCUCAUCAAGGGAGGCACAGUGAAUCUGCCCAUGAAAGGUCAGCAUCUAGAACUGGGCAAAGACAGGGAAGCUACCAUGAGCAGUCAAGGGACAGCUCCAGACAGUCUGGAACUGGACAUGGACAUACCUCUGCUGGAUCUGGAAUCAAUAGACAUAGGGAAUCCAAUGUUAGUCAGUCCAAUGACAGAGAGGGACAUUCAAGAGAUUCAGGUAGACAGUCCGUGACACAUCACACAAGGUCUCGUUCCAGCUCAAGAAAUCAACAUGGAUCUUCCCAUGGCCAGACAGGAGACAGUUCUAGCCACUCAGAGACCAAUCAAGGGAGCCACAAUGAAAGACAUGCAAGAGAUUCAGGUAGGGAUUCCGAGACAACUCAUGGAAGACCUGGUUCCAGCUCAAGGAGCCAACAUGGAUCUUCCCAUGGUCAGACAAGAGACAGUCCUAGGCACUCAGAGUCCCAUCAAGAGAGGCACAGUGAAUCUGUCCAUGAAAGGUCAGGAUCCAGCACUGGACAAAGACAGGGGAGCCACCAUGAGCAGUCAAGUGAGAGCUCCAGACACUCUGGAACUAGACAUGGACAAACCUCUACCGUAUCCAGAGGCCGUAGAAACAGGCAAUCCAGUGUUAGUCAGGCCAGUGACAGUGAGGGACAUUCAGAAGACUCAGGUAGACAGUCCGUGACAACUCAUGGAAGGCCUGGUUCAACUUCAAGAAACCAACAUGGAUCUGUCCAUGGACAGACAGGAGACAGUCCUAGGCAUUCAGAGUCCCAUCAAGGGAGGCACAGUGAUACUGUCCACCAAAGGUCUGGAACAAGCACGGGGCAAAGACAGGGGAGCCACCAUGAGCAGUCAAGAGACAGCUCCAGACAGUCUGGAACUGGUCAUGGACAAACCUCCACUGGAUCCGGAAGUAGUAGGCACAGGGAAUCCAGUGUUAGUCAGGCCAGUGACAGUGAAGGACAUUCGGAAGACUCGGGUAGACAGAACGUGACAACUCAUGGAAGGCCCGGUUCCAGCUCAAGAAAUCAACAUGGAUCUUCCCAUGGCCAGACUGGAGACAGUUCUAGGCACUCAGAGUCCCAUCAAGGGAGCCACGGUGAAUCUGUCCACCAAAGGUCUGGAUCGAGCACUGGGCAAAGACAGGGGAGCCACCAUGAGCAGUCAAGGGACAGCUCCAGACACUCUGGAACUGGUCAUGGAGAAACAUCCACUGGAUCUGGAAGCAGCAGACAUAGGGAAUCCAGUGUUAGUCAGUCCAGUGACAGCAAUGGUCAUUCAAGAGGUUCAGGUAAUCAGACUGUGACCAACCAAAGAAUGUCUGCAUUCUACUCAAGGUUCCAAAAUCAUGGUGCAGGCCAAGUUUGGAGACAUGGCAGCUACGGCAGUUCCAAUUAUGACUAUGGACAGUUAGGGACUGGACAUUCUCCAGAUGAAAAUUUUAGUCACGAUUCCAGUCAUGUGGAAAAGAGGGACAAACCUGAAUAUAGAGGAGAACUAAUGAGAGCCAAUAUAACAGUCCAUAAUAUACACCCUGGAACUUAUGGCCAUUCAAGUUAUAUUUCAAAACAGCUGGGCUUUGGACAGUCAUGUAGACACUAUUAUUUUGAAUGAGUAUUAAUAAAGUAUUAAUAAAGUAAUUAACCCAAAGUUUCGGAUAUUACAAAGGCAUAACUUUGAUUCAAGGAAAUUUUGCAUUACCCCUUCAGGGUGUUACUUCUUCUUGUCAUUUUUAAAAAAUUAGUGACACUAUUUCUUUACAUUGGUGAUAAUUUCUUUUUAUUCUAUAGGAAACUUUGAGCUUUGUGGUUAAGAACUGGUUAAUAGAAGAAAUAGAUAUCAUGGAGUGUUAAACUUGGAAAACCAUGAGUAUUUCCAGAGAUGUGGUUCAAGGAAGGAGUUUUCCUUUGAGAGGUGCAUAUCUGGACCUCUCCAGAUUGGUAUAGAUUAAUAUUAAUCAAAAAUAUUAAAGGAACCAACAGGACAAAGUCACUGUUCCAUCAAGCAAAUCUGCUAUAUCUUAUUAUCAGUCAGCACACCUGCCUCAAGUAUCCUUCUUUGGAACUCUGUAUUAUUCUGCAUUUAUUAAUCACUUUGGGCAUACAGAAUAUAAAAGAGUGAAUGACAUGAAAAUGGAAAAUAAACAAUUGAUCAUA